UGUCCGUACCACCCUUGUUUCUCUCUCUUCUCCACCAUACCCAAACAAACAGAGAAGAGAGAGACACAGAGACAAAGAGAAGCUCCACAAAGGGAAAAUCGCCUCUUCCUUGGACUCGCAGCCGUGAUUCUCUACGUAUCCCGCUUCUGAUUCUCCGCUGCGGGACCGACAACACCACCGCUGCCUCCCGUCAAUGAAUCAGCUUUCCCCUCUUUGAACCGCACCGAUCAUCCACGGAUUUUCGAUCUCCAAGGGUUAGGUUUAGGUCUGCGACGCCCUCACAAAUGGAAGCGUCCGCUGCAAAUUCGGACGCUUACAGGAGCUCCUCUUCUUCUAAUUCAAACCAUUCCCGAAGAAAUGGGGUGCAUAUUUCUGCUUCCACCAUCCUCCGAUCACCCCUCUCCACCUUAUUGGAGUACACCGGCUUCAUCCGAACCAGGAAUUCCAAUGAUUCCGAAUCCGAUUCUCUAUUGAAUACCACAAAUGACUCUGCACCGGGAGAGGUUUCCAUUAGGAUAAUUGGCUCUGCAGAGCAAGAUCAUGACAGGGCUGCCUCUUCUCUGCAUUCGGGGCCAUCUGCGCAGACCGAGCCCCUUUCGAGGUCCCCGUCUGGAGCUUCUGCACUGUCCUCAUUGGAGAGUCAGGUUGAUUUGCGAGAGUCCGUAGAUGGAGCUACAAACUCAGAUGGUGAUAAUGCAGAUGGUGCUGCAACCAAUAAUAGGGAUUCUUCCUCCUCUUACCAGAGAUAUGAUAUACAGCAGGCUGCCCGGUGGAUCGAGCAGGUCCUUCCGUUCUCCUUGCUUCUGUUGAUUGUAUUCAUACGUCAGCACCUGGAAGGAUUCUGUGCUACUAUCUGGAUUGCUGCAAUCAUGUUUAAGUCAAAUGAUAUUGUACGGAAGCAGACAGCACUAAAGGGUGAGAGGAAAAUAAUGACUCUUAUUGGCAUUGUCGUUCUUUACUCACUUCAUGUUUUCGGGAUGUACUGGUAUUAUCUGAAAGAUGAUGUGCUCUAUCCAUUGCUGAUGCUGCCUCCAAGAGCCAUACCUCCCUUUUGGAAUGCGAUAUUCAUUAUCAUGGUGAAUGAUACACUUGUUCGUCAGGCAGCAAUGGUCAUCAAGUGUCUGCUCUUGAUAUAUUACAAAAACAGCAGAGGUCGGAACUACCGUAGGCAGGGUCAAUUGUUAACUUUAGUUGAGUACCUGCUGCUCCUUUACCGAGCACUACUCCCUGCCCCUGUCUGGUACCGUUUCUUUUUAAACAAAGAAUACGGGAGUCUUUUCUCGUCGCUUAUAACUGGAUUGUAUCUAACCUUCAAGCUUACUUCUGUUGUUGAGAAGGUCCAAUCAUUCAUUACUGCUUUGAAAGCACUGUCAAGGAAAGACAUCCAUUAUGGAGCUUAUGCUACAGCUGAACAGGUCGCUGCAGCUGGAGAUUUGUGUGCUAUUUGCCAGGAAAAGAUGCACUCUCCCGUCCUUCUACGCUGCAAACACAUAUUUUGUGAGGACUGUGUUUCUGAGUGGUUUGAGAGAGAACGGACUUGCCCUUUAUGCCGGGCAUUGGUGAAACCUGCAGAUCUUAGAUCAUUUAGUGAUGGCUCAACUAGCCUAUUUUUUCAGUUAUUUUGAUCCAGGAAGUUUUCUGCUUUGAAGGACUCAAAGCAUCCCUGUCCUGAUCACACCGUUUGCAUAGAAAAUCUUGAUUGUAACUCUUAUGUUGCCAUUGACACGGUCCAACGUUGUAAAAAGAAAAUGUAUGUCUCUGUCAACAGUAUAAGCAAUAUAGCAAAACCACAGUUUUGAUGAA